UUUUUUUGACUGUUUUAACAUUGUCCAACCAAUUAGUGUUGAAAUAGUUGUCUGUUUUAAACUCAAAUUUUUUUGGAAUUCGAAUUCGUCAAAAGUUCAAUUGGAAAACAAACUUACGAUAAUGGAACGUUUAAGAGGUUUACAAAUUGAACUAAGUCGAUUUCAGAAUGAAAAAUGUUUGAUUGAUGAAGAGAUUGGUUGUUUGCGACAAAAACGACAAAAAUUAUUGGAAAAAAUUUCCGAAAUUCGUCUGGAAAUUGAAACUUAUCAAAAUCUAUCAAAUUCCGGUGAAAUACGUGACAAAUUUUCCAAUGAAACAUAUGAAUGGUCACAGAAAGCUCAAUCAUUAUUAGAAUCAGUAUUUGGUUUGAAACAAUUUCGUUCACAUCAAUUAGCUGCUAUAAAUGCAAUAUUAUCCGGUUUGGAUGUUUUAUUGAUUAUGCCAACUGGUGGUGGUAAAUCACUUUGUUUUCAAAUCACCUCGUUGAUUACUGGUGGUUUAACUAUUGUCGUAUCACCACUGAUAUCAUUGAUCGAAGAUCAACUAAGUACAUUAAAAUCGUUAAAAAUUUCGGCAAAAAUAUUGGACAAAGAUAAUAAAGAAGAAUCCUCGAAGAUUUUGAAAAGUUUAGAACAAUCAACGAUUCCGUUUCGAAUUCUAUAUGUAACACCGGAAAAAUUGAAACAUAAUUCAAUGUUAAUGAAACAAUUGGAUAAAUGUUAUCGUAAUAAUAAUCUAAAACUUAUUGUCAUCGAUGAAAUACAUUGUUUAUCGACAUGGGGUCAUAAUUUUCGUCGUGAUUAUCAAUUCCUGACACAGGUGCAUCGUCAAUUUUCUAAAACACCAAUUCUUGGCUUAACGGCUACGGCAACAACAAAAACUAUUAGUGAUUUGAUAAAUAUUCUUGAAAUUCAUGGUUGUUGUAUAUUUAAAGAUUCAUUUUAUCGUUCAAAUCUCCGAUAUUCAAUCGAAUGGCAAAAUAAUUCUACUGAUGAUGAUCUUGAUCGAAUUAUUGAAUUAUUAAUGACAAAAUAUUCCGGACAAAGUGGACUGAUUUAUUGUCUGAAAAUAACCGAUGUUGAUUCAGUUGUCCAAAAACUUUGUCAAAAAGGAAUAAAAGCAUCUCCUUAUUAUGCAGAUUUACCGAUCGAAAUGAAAAAUCGAACCUAUCAGAAAUGGAUUCAUGAUGAUCUGCAAGUAAUCGUUGCUACAAUUGCAUUCGGUAUGGGUAUUAAUAAAUCAAAUGUUCGAUUUGUUAUUCAUUAUCAGAUGCCAAAGUCAUUGGAAAAUUAUUAUCAAGAAACUGGUCGUGCAGGGCGUGAUAAUCAACAUGCUGAUUGUUUAUUAUUCAUGAAAUAUUGCGAUGUAUUUAGUACAUUAUCUAUUGUUUAUGAUGAAUAUCAUGGUAGGGAUAAUGUAUUGAAAAUGGUUUCAUUUUGUUUAAAUCAAACCGAAUGUCGAAAGAAAUUAUUAGCCAAACAUUUUAAUGAUGAUGAAUGGUUAGAUCAUCAAUGUAAAAAUCAAUGUGAUAAUUGUCAGAAAUCAAAUACCAAUAAUGAUGAUGAUAUUGAAGAAAAAGAUCUUCAUCAGUCUAUGAUGCAAUUAGAACAAAUUAUUUCGAAUGCAUUCGAUAAAGCUGAAAAAAGAUUAACAGCAUUCAAAUUAUUAGAACUGUGGAUGGGAAAAGGUGAGAAAAAAUUACGACCAACCAAUGUAAAACCAACCAAAUUCGAACGUGAAAAAGCGGAAAAAAUUAUAUUGAAUUUAUUGGUCAAAAAUUAUCUAGAUAUUAAUUAUAGUCAAUCAAGAUAUUGUAUUAUUACAUAUUUGGUUGUCAGUGAUCAUUGGAGAUCAUUGAAAACAACAAAUGGCAAUAAUGUUCGAUUUGAUUCGAAACGUAAUAGUGAUGCAAUCAAAUCAUCAAAUUCGAAACGUUCGAAAACUGCCACUAUUACUAUAGAAUAGAAUUUAAAAUUAAGAAUUGCCUUUUUUAU